GCAGUGUGGCCUCACAGACAAGAGUUGUGCAGUAAUAUCAGCUGCUGCCAGAUCAACCUCCUGCAGUUUGAAGCGUCUUGUCCUCUCUGGCAAUAGAAUUCAUGACACAGGAGUUCAGCAUCUCUCAGAACUCCUCAAGGAUCCUCAAUGCAAACUGGAGACACUAGAAGUGACCAUUAAUGGUAGACAUCGUGUCUUGAGAAGGGAGAUUCCAGCAGCAGCAGCAGCAGCAGCAGCCUCCAGUAGCAGCUCCCACUCCUCAGAUGCUGCAGAGCUGCACCUCACACACAACACCCAGCAGCAUCCAGGAGCACAGCUGCUCUCUACUCACACUCCCACGGAGGAUGGCCCUGGUGAUGACACACAGAGGGGCUGUGAAUGCUGUGCUGAAGUUCCAGACACCAGCCACUGGGUCCUGGUGGAGCCUGAGGUCUCCACAGAGAAGAGCAUCUCAACCUACAGCCUGAGCUCUGCUGCAGGGAGCUAUGAGUGCUCAGAGUCCAGUCUGCGUUGGUCGUGUGGUGGUCCAGUCACCCUGCAGUAUCGCUUCAUGGACUGGUACAUGUUUACUGAAGAGCUGGCCCGUAUGCAGUGCAGUCCAGCUGGUCCUCUGAUGGACAUCAAGCUCACAUCAGGAGAGCUGGAGGAGAUCCACCUGCCUCAUUUCCUGUGUUUGGGGGGCGUCGAGGCCGCACACAAUGCUGUCAGACUACUGCAUGCACAGGACAGCGGAGUGUAUUUGGAAACGUGUACAGUGACCCAACACCAUGCCAGUCUUCUCCAGCCCUCCCUGUCUCUGCUGGGACCAGUGUACUACCUUCUGGAUCUGCUGUCUCCUAAAGUCCACUGUCAGCUGCUGCUGUUUUACCAACGCACCACUAUCCUGAAGCUUCGCACCUACCUAGUCCUCAACAACCAGGAACACAUCGAUGCCAUUCACAAGCAGGAGGAGAACUGGAAGGGGGAGAGGAUCAAGAGGAACAGCACAGUGGGUUCACCCCUCCGCCUGGGAGACACCUUCCAUGUGAUGACGUCAUGCCCAUCCAAAAUCGACCCAGGGGAGGUAAAGCUGGUUCCAGAUAAAGUUGGUUCCAUGGGCAACUUCUGUGUGGUUAGCUUCAACAUAAAGCAUCCAGAGGAGAGUUUUGAUGUGCAGGUCAAACGACCUCAACACGAGGAUCCCAUCUGGAAAAUCAGUGUGGAAAAGGAGGAUUACAGCCCACCCAGCACAAGCCCAAACCUGCACAGCACCAGUUCGAGCACCAAGACACAGACUGUGGACCUCUUCAGUACGUUUGAUGAGUUGCAAGAGAAGGAGCUGAAGCGGUUCAAGGCAUACCUGUCUUUGGAGAACAUGGAGGGCUUUGAGCGCAUUCCCAGAGGACAAUUGGAGAAGUGGGAUGCCACAGACCUGGCCACUAGGAUGACAGAGAGAUAUGAGAAAGAAGGGGCUGUCAGAAUGACUCUGACCAUCUUGAGGAAAAUGGAGCUCAACGACCUUGCCAACAGACUAGAGGAGUCUAUCACCUUGACAGGCCAAUGAGAGGAGCUUCAGGACACCGUGGAUGUAGCAGAUUUCCUCAACAGGAGCAGAAGAGAUCUCAGCCAGAGGGUGAC